GAAAAAUCUAGUGAAUCGCUGCGAGUGAAGUUUUAGUGUGAACCCCACAGACCCAUACAAAAUGCGACUGUGCUGGAAUCUGCUGGGAGCUGUACUACUGCUGGGCUCAAUAGCAUCUGGCUUGAAACCGCCCAGAUCCUUCUACCGGCGAAACUACUACAGCUCGGCAGGUCCACCAGGACCCGUGCGCUUGGUGUCUGCACCUAGUGGACCGCCUAGCUAUCGUGCUGACCUGCACACCAAUGAGAGCAAGCGCCGCGAUGUGGUCAACAAAUAUCCGAAGAAGACCCACUACAGGCCUUACACUUCGGAAGAGGAUGACUACUCCAGCGAGCGCUACUCGGGUGAGUAUUCCAGUGAGACGCAGCAGGACAGUCGCGAGUAUACCAUAGGCACCCAUAUACGCGUACAACAUCCCAUUACGGUGCCCAAAAAGGCCCAUCCCAGCUCACCGUACUCCAAGCCACACAAAUAUGUUUCAACCACGCCAUACAAGAGCAACGGACGACCGGUAUAUGCACCCGAUGGAAAUUCUGGUGAGGAGCAGCCAGUGGAGCCGCCGCCAAAGCGCACAAAGUGGACGCCGGCGCCAUAUGAAUCGGAGCCAGACCCUUUCCACUUGGUGCCACCUCCGAAGACAACUUCUUCUUCCGGUCAUUCUGCGUACAGGGUUUUCGAAUCGGAUCAGGAAGACUAUGAGGGAUCCCCGCGUUCGAAGAGCCACGAUCGAUAUAAGACCGCUGCAUCCAAAAAGCAGAUCGAGGCAUUUCUAGAAGAUCAGCAAAAGUUGCUCGACGACGCCAUCAAACUACAGCUGCUUAAUAAUCCCAAGCUACAAAAGUUCCUGAAAUCCAAUACGCGCGAGCCGCGACCCGAUUUGGAUAUCGAAGAUUUCGAAACCUUCCCGCCAAACUUCUCCGGCCCUGGUCCGCUCCACAGCAAUAGCUUCAGUGGUGAGCAUCCACCGUCCAAAGGCAGCCGACCAAGCCGACGUCCGCCCGGCGUUGUGUUAAAGCGUUCCCCGAAGCCGAAGCACAUUGCCACACCGAAAAGAAAGUACAGAUCGACUGCGCUGGUGAUCAAUGUGUAA